AUGAGAGGGAUACUGUGUAGGCAUAUUUUGGCUGCAUUCAAAGCUAAUGGUAUAAAGUCAUUGCCAAACCAGUACAUUUUAGAUCGAUGGAGGAAGGACAUCAAGAGGAGAUACACGUUGAUCCGAAGUAGCUACGAUGCAGGGGAUCAGAUUGCAAAUGGUAAUAGACACACAAUCCUGUUGAAUUUGUGUUAUGAGAUGAUAGAUUAUGCGGUGGAUUCAGAUGAGCAAUUUGAAGAUGCAAAGAAAAGGAUUGAGGAGAUGACUGUUACAUAUCGUCAGAACCAGCGUCCCGUAUCUACUACCCAAACAGGUUUGGAAUCUGGAUGUACGACAAGUGAGACUGCAGUUGGUGGGUCCCAACAAGUAAAGAGUCCACUUAUUGUCAGAGGGAAAGGAAGACCCCCAUCUCUUAGAAGAGCAUCUAGGAUGGAGAUAGACAUGAGGAAGCUUAAAGCCAAACAGAAGAAAAUGCAAGUUGGAGGAAAGCGCAAACAGGUGCGUCGAUUUGACCUAUUUUGGGUGCAACAAUAA